AUGGCAGAUGAGGAAGAAGACCCGACCUUUGAGGAGGAAAAUGAAGAAAUUGGAGGAGGUGCAGAAGGUGGGCAGGGUAAAAGAAAGAGACUUUUUUCUAAAGAAUUACAAUGUAUGAUGUAUGGAUUUGGGGAUGACCAGAACCCUUACACUGAGUCAGUGGAUAUUCUUGAAGACCUUGUCAUAGAGUUCAUCACUGAAAUGACUCAUAAGGCAAUGCCAAUUGGAAGACAAGGUCGAGUACAAGUUGAAGAUAUCUUCUUGAUUCGAAAGGACCCAAGGAAAUUUGCUAGGGUUAAAGACUUGUUUACUAUGAACGAAGAGUUGAAACGAGCUAGAAAAGCAUUCGAUGAAGCAAACUAUGGAUCUUGAUACUUUUUGUACUUUAUGAAAUUUUGUUAUCUUCUGUGGAAAUCAUAUAAAAUACUUGUGUAUUUUCUACAGUAAUGUCCUAAUACCUAGGCAUGUGAAUGAAAGAUGGAGAAACAAAGUUUUCAGCCUUUAUUUUCAUGUCUUUGAUUUUAGAUCGAUACUUGAGUCUUCAAUUGCCUGUCUUUACACAACUGUACUUGAAUUACUUACUGGGUUUUAAUGACUACAUGUACGUUAAAGUAUCUUGAAAAUUAUGCAGUUCCUUCUGACUUUUGACUAUCUAAAGGAUGAAGUAGUAUUUAUGUAUUAGAUAUAUUUGUGCCAUUAUAAGCUAUACUUUAGCUGUUUAAUAUGUGAAAUCUUAAUGUCAUUUUGACUGUGCCAGCUGAGACAUAUGCCUCACAUAUUCUGAAGUUUUUAGACAACUGUAGUCUGAG